UUUUUAUUGUGAGAUUUCGGUUCGGUUGUCUCUGUUUUUUCUAUUAAUGGUUGUACUCUGUGCAAGGAUUUUCGGAGCAAAUUUUCAGCCACAGUUUUCAGCUAUUUUCGAAUAGUUUCUAAAUUUUGUAUAUUUGUUGUGAAUUAAUUAUAAUAUAAUAAUGGCAAUGGCUUUUCGCAACAUGUUAAGGAAUGUGUCGAGGAGGAUCCAAGUUCGAAAUUAUGCUGAUGCCCCCAGAGGUGACGAAAUGGCCCUUACAUUUGCUGCUGGUAACAAGGUCUUCUAUGACAAGCAAGUUGUGAAACAAAUUGAUGUGCCAUCAUUCAGUGGGUCUUUUGGUAUUCUACCAAAGCAUGUACCAACACUUGCUGUACUUCGCCCUGGUGUUGUCACUGUGAUUGAAAAUGAUGGAAAACAAAACAGGAUUUUUGUUUCUUCUGGAACUAUCACUGUAAAUGAUGAUUCUUCUGUCCAGGUAUUGGCAGAGGAAGCUCAUCCCUUAGAAAAUUUGGAUCGCAGUGCUGCACAGGAAGCCCUUAGCAAAGCCCAAUCUCAACUCAGUUCUGCAGCUAAUGAUAAGGCUAAGGCGGAAGCUGCCAUUGCUGUUGAAGUAGCUGAAGAGAUAGUGAAGGCGGCGGCGACUGCAUAAACUGUCAGCAUGUUUGCUAACGACACUUAGUGUUAAAGUUAUAUUUAUUACUUAUAUCAUUUAUGUAUAAAUAAAUAAUUCUCCCAUCUAUGUAGCAAAA